CGGCGCGGGAAGCCGCGUAGGGGAAGAAAGGGGACCACCAGAGUGUGGCGAGCAUUACGGUCUUGCAGCUGCCACCACGGCGCUAUGAGGUUCCGGGCCAAGAUCGUGGAUUUGGGCUGCCUGAAUCACUUCACCCGCGUCAGCAACACCAUCUCCAAGCUGGCCAAGACGUGCACGCUGCGCCUCAGUCCCGACAAGCUCUACUUCAUUCUGUCCGACAAGGUGGCCAAUGGCGGGGUCAGCAUGUGGUGCGAACUGGGCCAGGGCAACUUCUUCGACGAAUUUCAAAUGGAAGGGGUCGCAGCGGAUCACAAUGAAAUCUAUUUGGAGCUGACGCCGGAAAACUUAUCCAGAGCCUUGAAAACGGCCCAGAAUGCCAAAACAGUGAAGAUCAAACUGACCAACAAACACUGCCCCUGCCUCACCGUGGCUGUGGAGCUGCCGUCUUUAUCAAGCAGUAGUCGCAUUGUAACACAUGAUAUUCCUGUAGGGGUUAUUCCCAGAAAAUUAUGGACCGAUUUCCGAGAGCCCACUGUACCAGACUUUGAUGUUAGUAUAUAUUUACCAGUAUUGAAGACUAUGAAGAGUGUAGUGGAAAGAAUGAAAAACAUCAGCAAUCAUGUUGUUAUUGAAGCAAAUCUAAAAGGAGAAAUGAACUUGAAAAUAGAAACUGAUUUAGUGUGUAUUACAACACAUUUUAAAGAUCUUGGAAAUCCUCCCUGGGCCUCUGAAGAUGCUUCUCAAGAUAGAGAUUCGGAGAACAUGGCCGAAGCACGAAUAGAUAUUAAGAAGCUUCUACAGUUUCUUGCGGGACAGCAAGUAAACCCAACAAAAGCAUUAUGUAAUAUUGUGCAUAACCGGAUUGUUCACUUUAUUUUGCUACAUGAGGAUGUUUCCCUUCAAUAUUUCAUUCCUGCAUUGUCAUAAGAAUUCAGCUGUUCAAGAGUUUUUGACAAUCCAAAGACCUUUUCUUUCAAAAUUGAAAAAAGAUGGGUUGGUGUGUUGUAAGCCUUUGAGCUGUAUACUCACUAUGGUAUACAUCAUGUAAAAUGAACUUGUCCUUUUUUUCUUUUAUAAUAUGUUCAUAGAAUGGGCAUUAGUAAAAUGCAAUUGGAUAAGCUA